UGGCGACUUGGCAUUGUUGGCGCAGCUGGGUGCACACUAACAUUCACUUUUACCAAUUAAAUGUCUUAGUUUUUUUAGAUUGGUUCUCUUCAGUGUUGAUGACUAACUGAUUUAAUUUCAUAGCAACUCGCAUUAAUGUUGAUUCGUACGUUCGAUGUGCCUUCAUAUUAGCGCGAAAAGAGCGAUUGCAGGCGAAAAAUAAAUUUAUCGUUUUCCUGGGCAAUUUUGAUCUUUUGUGUGACAUUAUUUGGAGAGAUCACAAGAACAGGAUAACGACUAAGGGCAUCCAUAUGUUUAAUCUGUUUACCUGGCCUGUGACAAACUUCAUAAUUAAAUUCUUUAAGCAUCAACGCCCAUCGAGCAAUUUUUGGAGGUUAUGGAACUAACGAACAGAGCAAAAAUAUUGGCCAUAAAUCAUCAAGAUUAAAUAUAUGAACAAUAGAAGUUUGACAAUUCCUGCUUGCUUAGGGUUAAAUAUAUGCAGUUAACGCUCUACUUUUCAACAAGGCUUACUAUCUCAUCCACUCAGUGAUUGAGAAGAAGAGUUAUGUUAUAUAUGCAAAGAAAACAAGUAAUUUUCUGAAAAAUUAAAAAAAUAUAUAUUCUAUCGAUUUUUGUAAAAUAUAUAUCAUGCACAAUAUCAGCAUAUCUAAUAGAUACUUCUGCUUAACUUCACAGAUACUUAUGAUUUAACAUGAUAAAAACUUUUCAUCGGAUCUAACUUUUAUUCCAAAAGAUUUUCUAAAAAGUAUGCUUUAACGGCAUAUUCUAAAACUAGUGAAAGAAACGUCUAUCUGUGGAUCAUACAAUAUAAAAUAUUUUCUAAUCAAUGCACUCAAAUUUGGAAUAUAUGCAAGCUUACGAAAGAAUUCUGCAAAAUGUUUACUAAAGUCUUUUCUACGCAGGAAUAUGUAAUGCAACAAAUCUCGACGCAUAUUAAAGAGAAACCAUUUGUUUGUAAUGUGUGCGAUAAAAUAUUUUCUCACAAAGGAAUUUUAAAGACACAUUUAAGGACGCAUACGAACGAGAAACCGUAUGUUUGUGAGAUUUGCAAUAAAGCGUCAUCUCACAAAGGUAAUUUAAAGAAACAUUUACUGACGCAUACGAAAGAGAAACCGUAUGUUUGUGAGAUUUGCAGUAAAACGUUUUCUCAAAGCGAAAGUUUCAAGACACACUUAAGGACGCAUACGAAAGAGAAGCCGUAUGUUUGUGAGGUUUGCAGCAAAGCGUUUAAUCAACGAUUAAGUUUGAAAGCACAUUUAAGGACUCAUUCGAAAGAGAAACCGUAUGUUUGUAAGGUUUGCAGUAAAGCGUUUACUGAACAAGGAAAUUUGAAGGCACAUUUAAGGACGCAUACGAAAGAGAAGCCGUAUGUUUGUGAGAUAUGCUAUAAAGCUUUUUCUCAAAGAGGAAGUUUAAAGACACAUUUAACGACGCAUACGAAAGAGAAACCAUAUAUUUGUGAGAUUUGCUAUAAAGCUUUUUCUCAAAGAAUAAAUUUAAAGAGACAUUUAACGACACAUACGAAAGAGAAACCAUAUAUUUGUGAGAUUUGCAAUAAAGCGUUUUCUCACAAAGAUAGCUUAAAGAGACAUUUUCUGACGCAUACGAAAGAGAAACCGUAUGUUUGUGAGAUUUGCAGUAAAACGUUUUCUCAAAGCGAAAGUUUGAAGACACACUUAAGGACGCAUACGAAAGAGAAACCGUAUGUUUGUGAGAUUUGCAAUAAAGCGUCUUCUCACAAAGGUAAUUUAAAGAAACAUUUACUGACGCAUACGAAAGAGAAACCAUAUAUUUGUGAGAUUUGCAAUAAAGCGUCUUCUCGCAAAGAUAGCUUAAAACAACAUUUACUGACGCAUACGAAAGAGAAACCAUAUAUUUGUGAGAUUUGCAAUAAAGCGUCUUCUCACAAAGGUAAUUUAAAGAAACAUUUACUGACGCAUACGAAAGAGAAAUCGUAUGUUUGUGAGAUUUGCAGUAAAACAUUUUCUCAAAGCGAAAGUUUGAAGACACACUUAAGGACGCAUACGAAAGAGAAACCGUAUGUUUGUGAGAUUUGCAAUAAAGCGUCUUCUCACAAAGGUAAUUUAAAGAAACAUUUACUGACGCAUGAAAGAGAAACCAUAUAUUUGUGAGAUUUGCAAUAAAGCGUCUUCUCGCAAAGAUAGCUUAAAGAAACAUUUACUGACGCAUACGAAAGAGAAACCAUAUAUUUGUGAGAUUUGCAAUAAAGCGUCUUCUCGCAAAGAUAGUUUAAAGAUACAUCUAUUGACGCAUACGGAAUAGAAACUGUAUGUUUGUGAGAUUUGCAGGAAAACGUUUUCUCAAAGAGGAACUUUGAAGGCACAUUUACGGACGCAUACGAAAGACAAACUAUGUACUUGUGAGAUUUGUAGUAAAGCGUCUUCUUUCAAAGGAAGUUUAAAUAUACAUUUACUGACGCAUACGAAAGAGAAACCGUAUGUUAGUGAGAUUUGCAGUAAAACGUUUUGUCGAAGAGGAAGUUUGAAGAUACAUUUAAGAACGCAUAGGAAAGAGAAACCGUAUGUUUGUGAGAUUUGCAAUAAAGCGUUUUCUCUCAAAGAUAUUUUAAAGAAACAUUUAAUGACGCAUACGAAAGAGAAACCGUAUGUUUGUGAGAAUAGCAGUAAAACGUUUUCUCAAAGAGGAAGUUUGGAGGCAUAUUUACUUACGCAUACAAAAGAGAAACCGCACCUUUGAAAUGUAUGCAAUAACACUUUUUGUUGUGGAAACAUUUUAUAGAAAUAUUUUCUGGCGGAUGCGAAAGAAAAACGUCUGUCUGUAAUAAAGCAAAAGUAAAUUUGCAGUUCCAUUUACCGACCCGUUCAAAAGAGUGGCUCUGUGCUUAUGAUGUUUGUAAUAAAGGGUUUUCUGGCCAAAAUAUUGUAAGGAGAUAUUCAUUCACGCAUAAAAAAGAAAAUCCCCAUGCUUGUAAAAUGCGCAACAAAAUGUUUUCUCUGCGAAGAAAUAUGAAAGUGCUUUUAUAGGUUUAUACGAAAUAAAAAUGUGAGCAAUAAAGCAUUUUCUAAAUCAACCACAUUUACUAACGCAUGCUAGAAAACCCCGCAUGUUUGCGAUGUAUUCCAGAAAAAUUUUUCUCUCCGAAAUAUUUACCAAAAUACUUACUGACGUAUAGUAUUGAGUAACCGCAUCUCUGCAAGAUGUACACUUAAGGGUUUUUUUUUUUUUUUUUUUGUUGGAGAAUUUGAAGUUGCAAUUACUGACACAUACGAAAGAAAAAAUCUUAUGUGUGUGUGUGGAUUUUGUCCAUAAUAUUUAAUUCAAUGACGGUGUUAAAAAAAAAAAUAACAUUUUGAUUUAAAGGGAACGUUAAGAUGUUUUUUGCUAGUUAAUGGAAUACAUAUAUAAAUCUCAGAAGAAAAAAAAGUUGGCUUGUGCAUCGCAUGAUUAAUUUGCUUGCACGAAAACGAAGCUUAAACUGUGACGUCAUCUUGGGAAAGCAGGAUCACCACAGUACUCCCAUAAACUCUAUGAGUACCCCUCCCCCCUCUAUUAGUACAUCAGGCACUAGAAUGAGAGGUAGCGAGAGGCAAUCUGGUCCUCGUUACUUCUCAUUCCUGUGGUACUAAUCGACGGCUAGAUCUGGUUACAUAAGGUGGUGGAGUAGAAUUCGAAGAUAACUCGGGAGUCGAUGGAAAACGCUCAGGUACAGACUUCUUUGAAGAUGGAAUUGCAGCUGAUGGGGACGAUAUGAUUGGUGCAGAUGAUUGAUGAGAAUUUUCCGAUGAACACGUGCUUGACACGAUCAAUGCUGAUCGUAGAUUCCUUGCCGUUCUCCUCAAUUGUGAAGGUUUUAUCAGUAUGUCUGAGUACACAGUAAGGGCCUUCAUGCGAUGCUUGCAGGGGUUUCUUAAUUGCGUCGUGGCGCAUGAACACAUGAGUGCAAGACUCUGAAGAUGUAGCUGACGCAGGUUUGAGUUGCCCCAUCACAGUUCGUAAAUUUUGUAAAAACCCGUGAAUUUCGACGUUAGAUGAAGAGAUCUCAAAAAUUCCUCAGAUAGUUUGAGGGAUGUGCUGCAGAUCCUCCUUUAAUGCCGUUCUGAUUCCGAUUAGUGGAAUGGAUUCAAUCCAUUUCUCGGGUGCGUGCCAUCUGAGACUUUGUUUUAAACAACGAUCAAAUCGCUUGAUUUAUUAUUUAUCGCAAUUAUUUGCAACGAAGCUCGAGAUCGAAGUAAAAUUAAAAAUGAAAUUUAGUUGCACAUAUUAAAAAGGAAUUAUGUAUAUGACUUUUUUUUUUUGAAGAUUUUCUGUAAUCAUUAUUGAUGACGAGUUUAAUGAAGCAUGCAUAACACCGCUUCAUGCCCCUGCAACUAUAACGUACUGAUUAUUAUUUAAACAGUGUAAUGAGCAUGAAAUGGGAGAAACAGCAAAAGACGCUCCUGUUCUAUCCAUCGCUGUGACUUUCAUCCAAAUUGUUCUACGCCUGACAUUUAUUGAUUAAAAUUUGGUAAGUUGAUUUUAAUAUUGGAUAAAAGAAAUAGCCGAGAGCAAGAAACUGAUUGAAAUUGAAAUGGGAAAUGGCUUUGGCUUAUUAAGCAAUCUAUCAAGAAGAAACUGAAAAUAACAUAAACAGGCUGCAUAAACAGACUUUCAGUUUGUUUAUGAUUAUUAAACUCAGAAAAAAUAAUACUAAUAAAAUUAUUAACAAAAAAGGCUGCUAGAAAUGAGGACGGAAAUGAAAAGAAAAAAAAAAAAAGAAAAGAA